AUGCCACCAUCACUCACCAUGUCCACCACCACCACCACCACCACCACCACAACUACCACAACCACAACCGCAACCACAACCGCAACCACAAAGACCCGGGGCACCACAUCCCCCCACCCCUCGAACCUCGACCAGUUCCUCGCAGCACCCACCCCCUUCCUCGCCCGCGUGUUAUACAACAGCCUCCCCGCCCAGCGACGACAACCACACCCCCCACCACAGCAGCAGCACGGGGAUCCGGAAGAGACACUGACAGUGGUAUGCGUGUCAGACACGCACGGGCAGAUGCCACCGCUGCCCACGGGGGAUCUGCUGCUACACUCGGGCGACCUCACGGCGUCGGGCACGAUGGGCGAGCUCCGGGCCACGCUGCAGUGGAUCGCCUCACAGCCGCACCGCUACAAGGUUGUAAUAGCGGGCAACCGGGAGCUGUGUCUCGACGAGGAGUCAAGAGGCCGCUCACUCGGCAUCUCGCACGGACCCGGAGCUCACGAUGAGAAGGGCACAUCUACAACAACAUCCACAACAAUAGACUGGGAAAAGCUCUCGGCCGCAGGCCUCGUCUACCUCCAAAACAGCAGCAUAACCCUGCACUUUCCCGCGCCGCGCGACCGCUGCAUCAAGAUCUUUGGCUCGCCGCUCUCACCGCGGCACCACUCCCCACACGCCGCCUUCCAAUACACCCCCACCGAGCACCCCUGGCACGGGCUGAUCCCGCCCGACACGGACAUUGUGCUCACACACACGCCGCCGCAGUGCCACCUCGACAGCUGGCGGCGGUUCGGGUGCGGGGCGCUGCUGCGCGAGCUGUGGCGCGUGCGGCCGGCACUUCACGUCUUUGGGCACGUGCACGCGGGGUACGGGGUUGAGGUUGUGCGCUGGGACGAGAUGCAGCGGCUGUACGAGGGGGCGUGUGCGGGCGGCGGUGAUGGCAAGGGGAAUGCGUGGGCGCUUGUCAAGAUGGCGGGGCUGUUUGUCGUGUGCUGGGCGUCGUAUGGGCUGUUUGGCGAGGGCCGGUGGUGGUGGCGCGGGGGGGACGGCGAGGGAGUGACGAGGCUGGUGAAUGCGUCGGUGGGUCGGAGUAAAGGGGAGGGCGCGGUGGACUCGCAGUGGGAGAAUGAGCCGGUUGUGGUCCGGCUUUGA